CUCCACCCAAAGAGAUCUUGGAUGAAGGUGCAAACGUGAGUCAGACGAGCAAGAAGUUAGAAACUCAUUUCAAUCCACUUACUAAGGAAAUACAGUGGGAGUUUGCCCUAUGUAAAAUAAAGAGGUAUUUUUUUAAUUGAAGAACCAAAACUGACUUCGGAUCUUUGACAAAGUGAAAACACUUGAAAGUAAAAGACAACGAUAGAAAGCAAAAGUUGAAAAAUAAGAUCUCUUUUUUGGCACCAAUUGCAGCAGAAUUAUAUGCAUUUUUUUUCCUGUGGAACUGUACAUUUUUUCAACUAAUAUAUUCUUAUAAUUUUGCUCCAAUCAUAGUAAUAUAUUCAUGAAUAACAAAAGGAAUCCAAGUUUGAAGGAGGCAAAUAUUUCUGAAGGAUCUGGAAGCAUAUUUUGCUGUCACUGAAGGAAUAAACAUCUUGAACCUGUGUGGAAAAUGCCCCUUUUAAAAGAAAACAAAGUGGCAAAAGAAAAUUUGUGUUUGUGACUGAAAUCUCGCAGAAUUUGGUCUCAGUUGCACUUUUAACCUCAAAAAGACCAUGACCAAUUUGUUGUCUCUGCUCUGUCAUUAUUCCUUGCUGAUUCUAUUUCAGUCUAAAUAUCAGGUGUAUGGAAACAAUUCACGGCUAUCCAAAAACCCAGGGUUUGACAUUUUACAGACAGCAUCCCACUACUGGCCCCUGGAAGAUAUGGAUGGAAUCCAUGAGUUUCGGGAUACAAAUGGAGCUCUAAGAAUCCACAACUUCACUGUGCUUCCUUCCCAUAAUUCUACCUUUGUAUAUACCAAUGACUCUGCCUACUCUAACUUCUCUGCAACCGUAGAUAUUGUAGAAGGAAUGGUCAACAAGGGAAUUUACCUCACUGAACCAAAAAGAGUUACCUUUCUCAUCUUUGGAAACUCCCAAAACUCUUGCAUUAGUAAUCCAGAAAUGUGUGGACCUGAAGGAGUAACAUUUUCCUUUUUCUGGAAGACUCAGGAGCAGCAGGCUAACUUUCCCCCAGCCUAUGGUGGACAGGUCAUUUCCAGUGGUUUCAAAAUCUGCUCAAGUGAAGAUGAAGGCUCUCUGGAAUUUUAUGCCCGUGGGAAUUCAAUGAAGUGGGAGGCAAGCUUUAGUCCCCCAGGUCCUUACUGGACUCAUAUUCUCUUCACGUGGAAAUCAAAAGAAGGUUUGAAAGUCUAUGUCAAUGGAACUCUAAACACCACCGACCCAAAUGGGAAAGUUUCCUACAGCUAUGGGGACCCCAACGCAAAUCUGCUGACAGGGACAGAGAAUGAUCAGAGCAAACGCUAUGUGAACGGGGCUUUUGAUGAGUUUAUCAUAUGGGAAAGAGCACUCACCCCCAAGGAAAUUGAACUAUACUUUACAGCUGCUAUUGGCAAGCAACUUUUGCUUUCUUCAACACCUCUCUGGCCCAUUAUGACAACCACUACAAAUCCUAUGGCUUUCUUGAAAGCUGUUGAAGAUUUUCUUUUGUUACCCAGCUGGAUUGGCAUAUUGGAGACUGCUCCUGUGGUUGGAGGUUUAAUUGAAACAAUUGACAAUGUGAUGGUGCACAUGGUCUGCAAUCUGGGACGAAACCGACUUGUAACCGUUGAGGGCUCAUCAACUGUAGCAGAUUACUCUUUGGUCAAAAUGGCUCCUCAGACUUUGAAUUUGUCUCACUACCGCUUCCCAUCACAAGGACGGAGUUAUAUUUCUAUCCCCGGUGAAGCUUUUCAUAACAAAGCUUGGGUUACCAUUGUGGGCCUUUUUUACCAUAACAUGCACCGUUUCUUCCGGAACAUCAACCCUACGGACACCAAGAUCGCUGAGGCUGCUGCUUAUAAAGGCUACAUGAUCUCUGCAAUGAGCUAUAUUAUUUCCCUGAAGGUGGAGCCACCACCAAUCUUGUCUGAUAAUCUGUCAGGAUCCCCUCUUAUUACCAUUCGGCUCACCCAUAAAUUGACUCCUCAGCAGUACAGCCAAGCAAAGAAUGAAAGCAACAAAGUUAACCUGUAUUGUGCAUUUCUGGACUAUAGCAAUGGAAGUGCCAUGUGGUCUAAUGAAGGCUGUGUGCGUGAUGGCGGGGACCUCAACUAUUCAGUCUGCCUAUGUAACCACCUCACCAACUUUGCCAUUCUGAUGCAAGUGGUACCCCUGAAGCUGACGACUCAACACAAGAUGGUGCUGUCAUCCAUCACUUACAUCGGCUGCUCCCUAUCCAUCUUCUGUUUGACUAUCACUCUGGUCACGUUUGCUAUACUGUCCUCUGUCAGCACCAUGCAUAACCAGCGCUACCACAUCCACGCCAACCUGUCCUUUGCCAUCCUGGUGGCUCAGAUCCUGCUUCUUAUCAGCUUUCAAUUCAGCCCUGGAAUGGUGCCUUGCAAAAUCUUGGCCAUUCUCCUUCACUUCUUCUUCCUGAGUGCUUUUGCUUGGAUGCUGGUGGAAGGAUUUCAUCUCUACAGCAUGGUGAUCAAAGUGUUUGGGUCAGAAGAGAGCAAACAUUUAUACUACUAUGGGAUUGGAUGGGGGUGCCCACUGGUGAUCUGCAUCAUCUCUGCAGCUUCAGCCCUGGACUGCUAUGGAGAAAUUGGCAAUUGCUGGCUUUCACUGAAGAACGGAGCAAUCUGGGCUUUUGUGGCCCCAGCAUUGUUUGUAAUUGUGGUCAAUGUUGGCAUUCUCAUUGCUGUCACCAGAGUCAUCUCGAGAAUCAGCGCAGACAACUAUAAGGUGCAUGGAGAAGCCAACGCAUUCAAGUUGACAGCUAAGGCAGUUGCUGUAUUGUUACCGAUCUUGGGAAGUUCAUGGAUCUUUGGAGUUCUAGCUGUCAAUGACCAUGCAAUGGUAUUUCAGUACAUGUUUGCAAUAUUCAAUUCCCUGCAAGGAUUUUUCAUCUUCCUGUUUCACUGUCUUCUGAAUUCAGAGGUUAGAGCUGCCUUUAAGCAUAAAACCAAGGUGUGGUCCCUCACCAGCAGUUCCAUUCGCAACAUCAAUGUGAAACCCUUCAAUUCUGAUAUCAUGACUGGGAAUAGGCCGGGUACAACUCCUACAAAGAUGAACACCUGGGACAAGAGUACUAAUUCAGCCAAUCGGAUUGAUUUAUCAGCAGUCUGAUAUUAGAACCAGAUUCUCUCUGAAAAUCAAGCCAAACCCUCAGGACCUCCAAUACAGCCCCCACCAUUAUUUUCUCACCAUUAAUGCCAGUAGGAACUGCUCUUCUAAUCACUGCCUAAGAAAUUGAAAAUCGCCACAUUGCUUUGCCGAGUAUGUACAAGUCUGUCCUCAUCUGCCUCCCUUCCAGUGUGUAAUGCAACCUAUCACUUGGCCAUUAGCAAUAGCUGCAGAGUAACUAGCACUACUAUACACCGGAUGGUUUUGUCAGUGACCAUGACAACACUAGGGAUGGGAAGGUUAUUGCUAUCGAAAUCUAAAGAUCACGUAUUUCAGGAAAGAUGCAUUUUUGUGCUCUGCAAAUGAAAUGUUUCCUAUUGUGAUGUUGUAAUAGGGCUAUUCUUGUUUAGCUGUGCACUCUGUUUACAUGGAAUAUCUUAAGUAAUCAGUUAUCCCAGUGAAGCUUAUUACCACCACAUUCUGCCAACAGGCAUUUCACUGGAACACUGUACGGAAGCGAGACCUCGAGGGGAAAAAAGAAGAAUUCCAGCCAUUCAGCCCACUCUAUAGACUUGGGACCUAUGAAGCAGAUAUACACUACGUCUAUAUAUACACAAACAAUGUGUGCAAUAU